AUUUGUUUUCGUCUUUGUCCUUGUGCAUCCAGAUGGUGAGGUGAGCGUGGACUCUCUGUCACCUGCUCACACUCUGAGCUCCGCCCCCUCCCCUGGCUCUGUGGAGGCCCUGUCCCCAUACUUCCUACAAGACGAGGCUCUAUCUCCACAAUCUCAGCUCUCUCCUGUUUCCUUCUGCUCAGAGUCCAGCAGCUAUUCCGUAAACUCUCCUCCAGCUAAGAAAGCUCCGAAGAGGAACAGCCAGACGGCGCGAGCCAGACAAGCUCAGCCAAUCAAGAGGCCGAUUCAGAUUGGCCCAAAGGUUUCCAUCCAGCCGAAGCCCCUGAUUACAGCUGUGCCCCUCGCUCAUGCUGCCCCCCUGCAGACAAAGACAAUCAUCAUCCAGCCCCUGCAAACCACUGUACUGCCUGUCAUCAAACAAGCUCCGAUCUGCAUCCAACCAGCGCCCCCUCCAGGACGUCCCAUAGUGCUGUCUCAGCCAACCCAGGUGCUUCAGAUCCAGACAGCAGGGGCCAUCACCGCCAAUGUGGUCGCCAUGCCAACGCUCACCCAGGACCGGCCCUUCCCCCUCGCUGCUCCUCCGUCGGUCUCACUCACGCUUCGCUCCCCUUCCUCAGAUGAUGAU